AGAGCAGAAAUGCUUGAGAAAUGGCCAUUUAACAGUGGCUUGUGGUGAUAGCAUAAGGAAAGAUUAUCAAGCUUCAUCACUGAAAGAACAGAGGUAGGACUGAGGGAAAUGACUGUGGUGGUGUGUUUCAUUGUCUGAAUCCAUGCUAAAAAUCUGGGCCCAACUGAUGACCUGUCAAAGCGGAAGGCUGUUUACUGACGGCAUGACACACAAAGCACUGGGGAGCUAACGUGAAGGCGGGUGGACUCUGGAGUUCAUCUAGGUUCAAGUCACCACAUCUCACACCAGUCGGUUCCGGUCAAGUCUUCACUGGUCAAGGACCCCUGACGAAGUGAUCACCAUGAAGAGCUCCUUCAUUGCCCUGCUUCUCCUCGCUGUAACUGUGAUGCAUUGCUUUGGACACAUGUGGGAAAAGAUGGAAACGCUGAGGCGUUCCAAAAGAAGAUGGGUUCUGUCAACAAUCGAGCUCCAGGAAGAAGACAAAGGCCCAUUCCCGAAAGAGGCAACUAAACUUUUUAAUGAUCAAGAAAUUAAUUACAAACUGAAAUACUUCAUCAGUGGAGAAGGGGUGACAGAACCUCCAAUGGGCGUGUUUUCCAUCGAUGAUCAAACUGGUGUGGUCUACGUGAAUAAACCCAUCGAUCGGGAGAAAAACCCAACAUUCCAUGUUCGGUUUGACGUUCUUGACAGGAUAACUAAUGCAAUCGUGGACAGAACACUAGCGUUUGACGUGGCAAUAAAAGACAUUAACGAUAAUGCGCCUGUCUUCGACAGGCCUGUAAUUAAUGCAGAUGUAAAAGAGACCACGAAAGGGGGCCUUCUUCCAAUCAAUAUACGAGCAAUGGAUGCAGAUGAGGAGGACACAGACAACUCUAAGAUCUCCAUGCGGGUGGUUCUCCAGGAGCCAUCCUCCCCGAGUAUUGGCCUCAAACACUUGAAUGGCACCGAUCUGUGGCAGCUGACACUUACAGGCUGUUUCGACUACGAUAAAGAAAAGAAAUACAAAGUCCUUAUUGAAGCCAGAGAUCACGGACGUCCCACACUCUCCUCAACUGCAACUGUCAACAUCAAUAUUUUGGAUGGCAAUACUCAUCUGCCCGUGUUCACACAGACUGAGUAUAAAGCUGAAGCGAUGGAACUGACCACCAAUCAGGAAAUUCUCCGAAUGAAGGUGGAGGACAAGGAUACACCCAACACAACUGCAUCACAGGCAAAAUUUACAAUCGUGAAAGGCAACGAGGAAGGCAACUACAAGAUUGUAAGGGACCCAAAGACUAAUGAAGGUGUAUUAAUUGUCGUCCAGGCAAACGACUAUGAGAAGACGACGCUAGCAAACCUGCAGAUAGCCGUAGAGAAUGAGGACGCAUUGUUUGUAUGUGACUCUGACUCGCAAAAGACCCAACCAAAACCACAGACCGUCAAUGUGGCUGUUGCGAUUAAAGACGCCAAUGACCCGCCAGAGUUCAAGAAGGUCAGAAACGAAGUAUAUCAGACAGAGGAAUCGCCGCCUGGCGUCCGGCUGUACACGCCAGAGGUCACCGACGAGGAUUCAGAUGUUUCAAAACUAAGGUAUGAAAAGGUAACGGAUCCAGAGAACUAUGUAUCAGUUGACUCAAAGACAGGUGUUGUAACAACUGUAAAAAAGAUGGAUCGGGAGUCUCCGCAUGUGGUCAAUAAUACUUACGCCAUUGUGAUGCGUGCGAUUGAUGACGGUCAGCCUCCCAGCACAGGCACGGCCACCGUGCUGAUUCACCUCAACGAUAUCAAUGACAACGUGCCAUACUUGAUUAACAACACUCUAGUGCUGUGUGGGAACAGGGAGAGCAAGGUGGAAAUUGUAGCAGACGACAAGGACGGACACCCGUUCAGUGGCCCCUUCGUGUUCUCCCUGCGUGGGAAUGAUCCCAAUGUGAAGAGUCGCUGGAAAUUAGACCCUGACAUAGGUAAUAGUGCCACCCUGGUGAGCCUGAAGAGCCUGGCGUACGGAAACUACUCAGUCCCCCUCAGGGUCCUCGAUCAUCAGGGCAAAGGAGCCGAUGAAGACCUCAGUCUGGUGGUUUGCAACUGCGGGAAGGAGAAUAUGUGUCAGAAGCUCAUGUCGCCGUCCGCCUCGCUGGGUGGAAAGGGGGCACUCACUCUCAUCUGUGGCUUACUGCUGCUGCCAUUGCUGCUGUGUCUGCUGUUCUUCUGCGUGCUGAAGAAACACAUGCCUACGUCCAUGCAAGAGGAGGGGAGUCAGACAAUGAUAAAAUACAAUGAGGAAUGCGGAGGCACGCAGUGUAAGACUGACCCAGAACUGUUGAUGGCUCCCUCCAGUCCUCGAACAAUCACAGAUGGACCGAAGUAUCAAACUUUGCCGCUCCGACCGUUCUCUCAGACAUCUGAUGUCAGACACUAUGGGAAUGGCAUGACCCUGCCAAGCCAUGCAAGAGGAAUGGAUGUGUACAGCGAAGACGUUCCGAGGGUGCAGUAUGUCAGUGGAGUAAACAGCAUGAGAAAUGGGACUUUGAGAUCCUCAAGAAUCCAAAGCGUGUUUUCAGACAGUUUCGUCUAUGGGUUCAUCCAGAAGAGGUUGCUUGACAUGGAGCAGAACUCGCAGGAGCAUCUGGAAUACUGCCCCCGUGAAUAUGUCUACGAGGGGGAAGGCAACAGCGUCCAUUCACUGGACAAGCUGUCGUUGGGCAACCAUGACGACAGUCUGAACUUCCUUCAGAACCUGGGGCCCAAGUUUAACAAGCUAGGAGGAAUAUGUCGCCAUGACAUGGAGAAGAAAAAGUAGGACAGCUUCGCCAUUUACCGAACAAACGGAAAGCUUUAGGCCAUUUCAUUCCACCUGUUCAUACAUUUUCUGCAUAAAAUACCUUUCAAUGGAUACUUCAUACUGCAGGUUGAAAUAUGACAUCGGUACGACUUUAUAUUGCAGUCCAUGGAGAACAAUGACACCUCAGGAUCUUUGAAUGGAAAGCACAAACAUUUCCACAAUUAUGGAGAUAUACUGUAUGAAGGGGGGGGGCAGGAUGGUGGUGCAGUGGUUAGCACUGUUGCCUCACAUCUCUGGGACCUGGGUUCGAGUCUCCGCCUGGGUCACAUGUGUGUGGAGUUUGCAUGUUCUCCCCAUGUCAUCAUGGGGUUUCCUCCGGGUACUCCGGUUUCCCCCCACAGUCCAAAAACAUGCUGAGACUGAUUGGACUUGCUAAAUUGCCCGUAGGAGUGCAUGUGAGAGUGACUGGUGUGUGAGUGUGCCCUGCGAUGGGCUGCCCCCCAUCCUGGGUUGUUCCCUGCCUCGUGCCCAUUGCUUCUGCUCCGGACCCCCCGCGACCCAGUAGGAUAAGUGAUUUGGAAAAUGGAUGGAUGGAUACUGUAUGAAGGUGGAAGAUGUUGUUGACCUAGGGAGAGGCAUGAUCAUCCAUUUUGGCUGUACCUUAACACCACUAAUGUAACACUAAUUUCCCUCAGACCCUGAUGCUUGACCCUGCACCUUGGUUCUGUCCUAAUGUUGCUAUCUCUGCAGGCUGCACAUUUUGUUCUCUUAUUUGUCUCCAGUUGUGCCCUCACCAAAAUGGCUGCUUUUCAUUGUCAUUCUUACCCUCCUCUUUUGGUAGGUGGGCUUCCACCAACACCCCUGUGUCACUUAGUUCAGUUCGCCAUCCCACCCAAAGCACGUUUAACACCCAAAAAAACAUAGUUGAUCUUUCUUUUUACAUGAGAAAGUUUCAAAGCAGUUUUGAACUAGAUAUAUUCUUACUGCAAAUAUUACUGGUAAAACUGUUUAAGAUGGCACAUGGAUGAAUGUAAUAUUCAGUGUUCAAUGUUUUAAUACAAGCUACUUACAUAAUUCACAAUUGAAUACUAUUUAAAAUAAAUUUUUAUAUUGCUGAAA